CCAAAACUCAAUCCAAAAUGGGCCAAUAAGGCAGUCCGAUGACAUGACGAUAUCGCUACUGAAAAACCCUAAUUGAGAAGCGCUAGCUACAUAUUAUUUUCAUAGCAGCCGUCUCUCUGCAGAUCGAAGCCGGAGGAGGGUGCAACAAUGGGUGCUUACACCUACGUAUCGGAGCUAUGGAGGAAGAAGCAGUCGGACGUGAUGAGGUUUAUGCAGCGGGUUAGGUGCUGGGAGUACCGCCAGCUUCCUUCCAUUGUUAGGGUUACUCACCCUACCCGACCCGAUAAGGCUCGUCGUAUGGGUUACAAAGCCAAACAGGGCUAUGUGAUCUAUCGAGUACGUGUGAGGCGUGGUGGAAGAAAGAGGCCAGUUCCAAAAGGUAUUGUGUAUGGAAAGCCAACAAACCAGGGUGUCACCCAACUCAAAUUUCAACGCAGCAAAAGAUCUGUGGCCGAAGAACGUGCUGGAAGGAAAUUGGGUGGUCUAAAGGUUCUCAACUCAUACUGGCUUAACGAGGACUCGACCUACAAGUACUUUGAGGUAAUCUUGGUGGACCCUGCACAUGCUGCUAUUCGCAACGAUCCAAGGAUCAACUGGAUCUGCAACCCGGUGCACAAACACAGAGAGCUUAGAGGACUCACUUCCGCUGGUAAGAAAUACAGAGGACUUCGUGGAAAGGGACAUUUGAACCACAAGAUGCGUCCAUCAAGAAGGGCUACUUGGAAGAGGAACAAUACUUUGUCUCUUCGCCGUUAUCGUUGAUCAUUUAUGCUGUGUUAUUGUUCUGUCUUUUAUCGACUUAGUGAUAUACUACUAAAUUUUGCUGUUUUAGAAUUCGGACUAAUUUUGUGUCGGUUUUGAUGGAAACUUUGCUUCGAGUUUGUUGUUUGAGACAUUUUUGUUACUCUGUUUCAGUCAUUUGAUGGUGUUUAUCAGUUUGGGAUU